AUGUGGUUAAUUUUUGAUGAUUGUCUUGCUUUACUAGAUGGUCGUCUAAAACAAUUAGUUACAUUUAUUGUUCAAAUUGAUUUUAUCUCUUGUUGUAUGCCACUGAUGUCUUAUAACAUGGAUGAUCUACCUAAUUUGAAAGGUUUGUCAUUAGUAUGCUAUGAUAAAACUUUUUUCUAUGACAAUCUAAUUGUGCCUCUUCUUCGUCGUACGUCACAACUUGAAGAAUUAAUUUUUGUAUGUUUGUACUUUAAACCGGCCUAUGUUAAUGACUAUUCAUGUUCAAUUGUUAAAUAUCCUCAUCUAAUUUCACUUGACAUCAUCUUCGUGAAUGUCGAUUACGUGGAUCAGUUUCUCAAUGAAUCAAAAACACAUCUACCACGUUUAACUGAAUUAAAAGUUCAAUUUCAUGCAUUGAAAGAGGUGACAAAGACCUUUACACAAGAUGCAACACGACUGAAUUGUGCCACAGUAAAACGAUUAAUUGUCGAAGACUCGAUUGUUUUCUCAGAAGAUGUUUAUCGUUAUUUUCCUUCGUUGUGA